AACAAUCAGACCUCUCCAAAUCAGCUUUUUCUAUCCACUGAUCACAUCUACAUUUUUCAGUUGGCCAAGGUUGGAGAGGUAUUUAUUUUUUGCAGUUUUUUUGAUUGAUUGGACUUUUGAACAUGCACGUGGAGAGAUCGUUUCAGUGCCAGAUGAUAUAGAAAAUAAACUUUUCAGCAUUGAUUUUUAAUGUCAAGUCUAAAUUCGUGACAUAUAGAGUGAAUUGAUGUACUUGAGUGUUGUUGCAGCUGUUCUGAGAUCAGUGUGACAAUGAUUCUUAGCUGUGGAUCUGACUAACAGGAAACAGCAGGAGGUGACAGGAAACCAGAAAACAUUACACUAAAAUUAGCAGCGUGGACAUGUGCACUUCUGAGCAUCAUUCACGCAUGACAGAUGCUAAAUCAAGCGCUUAAUAUCUGUUUUGAUCGUUAGAGCUGAAUAAAUCCGUCUGCCAGCGAUGUCAGCCGAAACCACACAAAGCAGAAGUUCACAGGAGAAUAUGAACUGUAUUGUCAGAUUUCGGGGCCACUGAGUCUCAGAUCAUUUGCAAUAAACUAGAAAACGAACUCUUUAUAUUUUGUCCCUGUCAGAAUCCAGUCGUGAAUGCAUGGGUCUAGAGUCGAGUCUCUCUUCAGUUUAUUGUUACAUCAGUAGACUAUAGAGAUGCAUUAGAAGGGGAGGUGCACGGCUUUAUCCAAUAAGAAUUAUACAUUACAUCAUGAAGGAAUGUAAAGGGGAACAACAAGGAGGAAUUCGUUUGGCAGACAAAGGGCUUUUCCUCGAUCCAGACCGAACUCUGUGAACCCCUCAACGCCCUGCUUAUCUCAAGACCCCUGGACGUCUGCGCAUGCGUGUAAUAGAGAGAUAACAGCAGAGAUACAGCAGAGAUACAGCCCUUUAUCAUCUAACAGAGGAAAUACACUCUCUGGCAUCUCUAUACUGAGACUAGACAGAUGCAUCUGCUUGAAGAACAAGUGUGAAAAACUCAGUGUCAUCCUAAACAUGUCCUUUAGUUCAACGUUUGAUAAAGAGCUGUUAAAUCGGAUAGGUGUUAUGAUUGUACUGAAUUACACAUGCUUAUCCAGAGGUCUGUUCUGUGUUCGGUGCUAGACGGCAAACGCUCGAGAAGCAGAUGGUUUGGGUGUGAGGGAUCACAUCUCGUCUGGAUGGAAACAGUUCUUGAAACAUGGGACUUUUUAACAGAGCAGUCGAUGUGAUUGUCCCACUUCAGCUCUUGAGAGAACCCCAAUUACUUUUGAUUGUUCAGAUGUAUUUUAACCAUUAAAAAGGAGUGCAGAAAAAAUUUAACGUAAAAAAAAAAAGGAAUUUGGGAAACAAUCUAACAGAUUUCAUAGAGCCCUUCAGAUACAGUGUGCAGUGCUGGAGAGGAUCUAGGACCAGGGUUAAUAAUGAGCAAUCACAACUCCUCUAUCUGUUUAAUAAUGAUGUUCACAUGACAUGAGCUCCUUCUUCAGCACUGCAUAACAUUACAGUGACAUUAACAAUGAUUACAUAUGACACAUAUGAUUACAGUGACAGAAGCUUUAUGUUGUGUGCUGGCAGGAGUCCGUGAUGACGUGCCUCCGUUAGUGAUGGAUGACAGGAACAGACGAGAGCGGAUCACAUCCGCACACACACACCUGGAUGAAGACAGCUGUCCUCCUGAUCGAGCUCCUAGAGGUCGCAUCAUCGCAGCAAAUGUUGUGCACGCUCCUCCUCCUCGUCCACUGCGGGUUAAACCAGGCUGUAAAGGACCCGCCAUCAACAGAAACCUCAAACCCGGGAGACUGCCGAAGAGUUCCUCAGAUGGACGAUUGGACUUUAUGAGAUCUGCUGAAAGGACCCCAGUAGCCCCACAGAGGCCAGUGAGAUCAUUACCCAGAGAUCAUCUGAGUUUACCGCCUCCACCAGUUCAGACAACCACUAACUACCCAAACCAGUUUGAUGAGUCUCCUCCAUCCAGACCAGCCCCAACGUCACCUCAACCCAUAUCACACAACAACAGACCUGCGUGGACACACUCCAGACCAAGUGAGCAAGAGAAUAAACCCACACAAGUGAAUAAUACUCCAUUUCACCCUCAGGUAAAAACACAAUCAUCUGCAGGUCACACGUCUCACAGGUUUUCUCUGGAUCUGGACUCUCAGGAUUUGGACAGUUACUGUGAGAGCGAGAAGAGCUCGUUCGAUUCACACGUGAGGAAACAGCAGCAUCACGAAUGGCCUCCUGCUAAAGGAGAGAGCGACGGCAGCUUCACCAACCACAGCAAACCUGCACAGGGAUUGGCGGAUCAGAACUGGUAUGUUGGUGCAGUUAGUCGUGUGGACGCUGAACACGCUCUUCACCUGGUCAACAGGGAAGGAGCCUUUCUAGUGCGCGACUGCUCGAAGAACACUACCUAUGAGCCCUUGGUCCUCGCUGUGUUUUAUGACAAAAGAGUGUUUAACAUUCAGAUCCGCUUCAGUGAUGACAUCAGCAAAUACACUCUGGGAACGGGCCUGAGAACCAAUGACAGGUUUGAUUCUGUCACCGACAUCAUCAAGUUCCACUCCAUCUUUCCCAUCGUUCUCAUUGACGGACGGAAAUCCUCCUCCUCCGCAGCAGCCAAUCAGAGGAGGCAGUGUGUGCUGAUGUACCCAAUCACAAAGCAGGACCUGACCGAGCUGUUGAAAUAAGAGCAAAUACAAACGACCCGCGACAUCUCUGAGACUUUGACUGACCUUUUAACUUUAGAAGACAUGUUUAGUGACUUUGACUAGUACAGACUCCAAAAAAGAGCCAG